CAUAGCUAAACGUAAAAUGAAUCCGAGGCGGAAUAAAACUCGACUGUUGGAAAGUAGCAGGAGAAAAACUUGUUCCUAACAGCGCUUCGUUCGGCGGCAGGAACUAAAGCUCAACAUGCUGGACGGGGGCGACUGUUGCUCAGCUGUGGAGGCUGACCCACAGCAGCCACUGAUCCUGGAAAGAGCUGAGAAGGAACCUGAGAAGAAAUGGCUUUCUGUUGUGUCAGAUCGGGUGAAGAAGCACUGCACAUGCUCGGAGAAGGCGAAAUCCAAAAUACUGAGCUUUGUCCCAAUUCUGCAGUGGCUACCCCGCUACAAACUGAAGGACUGGAUUCUGGGGGAUAUUAUGUCAGGUCUUAUAGUGGGGAUCCUGCUGGUUCCUCAGUCCAUUGCCUAUUCCUUAUUGGCGAGUCAAGAUCCUAUAUAUGGUCUAUACACUUCCUUCUUCUCAUCUAUCAUUUAUGCCAUUCUGGGUUCCUCCAGACACAUCUCAGUGGGGAUAUUUGGAGUGCUCUGCCUGCUUGUGGGUCAGGUUGUGGACAGAGAGUUGGCUCUUGCAGGAUACCUCACAGAAAACAGCUUUGGCAGUAACAACAGUGAUGCCUUGUUGGCUGGCCAGGGGAACAGCAGUAAUGUAGAGUGUGAUAGGAGCUGCUAUGCGAUCACAGUGGGAGCAACAGUCACCUUCACUGCUGGUAUUUACCAGAUUCUGAUGGGCCUUUUGCAGGUAGGCUUUGUCUCCGUCUACCUGUCGGACUCCCUCCUCAGUGGCUUUGCAACAGGGGCCUCCCUAACCAUCUUCACGUCCCAGAUCAAGUACCUUCUGGGGCUGAAGAUCCCCCGGUCGCAGGGCUGGUUCAUUCUAUUCAAGACCUGGUAUAGUCUGUUCGCCAAUAUAACAAAAGCCAAUAUCUGUGAUCUAAUCACAAGCUUGGUUUGCCUGGCUGUCCUGAUUCCAGCAAAGGAACUGAAUGAUCGCUUUAAAUCCAAGCUAAAGGCUCCAAUACCAUUUGAGCUGUUUGUGGUUAUAAUCGCAACCCUUGCCUCUCACUUCGGUCACUUUAACAGUGAAUAUGGUUCUGACGUGGCUGGAGACAUCCCUACAGGCUUCCUCCCUCCUCAGCUGCCAGCAUGGACGCUCAUCCCCAAUGUGGCUGUGGACGCCUUUUCCAUCGCCAUUGUGGGAUUCGCCAUCACCGUCUCCUUGUCCGAGAUGUUUGCCAAGAAGCAUGGCUACACGGUGGAUGCCAACCAGGAAAUGUAUGCCAUUGGCUUCUGCAACAUCCUGCCUUCUUUCUUCCGCUGCUUCACGACCAGUGCUGCUUUGACGAAAACCCUUGUCAAGGAAUCGACUGGGUGUCAAACGCAGAUGUCAGGCCUGGUCACGGCUGUUAUUCUGCUGUUAGUUCUCCUGGUUAUUGCUCCACUCUUUUACUCCCUUCAAAAAUGUGUUUUAGCAGUUAUCAUCGUGGUGAACCUACGUGGUGCUUUAAAGAAAUUCAGGGACGUUCCCCGGAUGUGGCGCGUCAACAAAAUUGAUGCCUCCAUCUGGCUGAUCACCAUGGCAACAUCAGCGCUGGUCAACACAGAGUUUGGCCUCCUGGUUGGUGUUUUACUGUCGGCCUUCUUCGUCCUCGGCCGGACCCAGCAAGCCCAGGUCCUGGAGCUGGGCCGCGCUGCCUCCAGGGAGCACUAUGAGAACGUUUCAUCCUACUGUGGCCUUCAGACCCAUUUUGGAGUGGCUGUAUUCAGAUACAGUGCACCGAUCUACUAUGCAAACCAGAGCUUGUUCAAAAAAUCUCUAUACAAAUGUGCAAAUCUUAAUCCUGUGAAGGAGAAGGCUCAGCGUUUGAAAUUUGAAAAAAACAAAAAUCAGGAAGACACCGAAGAGAUACCAAAGGGAAUGUCUGAAGAUAAACAAAACAAGGAGAGUGAGGCUUCUUCAUCCAUAAUAUUGAUGCUGGAUAAAAAAUCUUCCAGAAGCGUACACAGCUUGGUAAUUGACUGCAGCGGCGUCUUGUUUUUGGACACGGCAGGAGUGAACGCUCUGAAAGAGGUCCGCAAAGAUUACAGAGAACUUGCGGUUGAAGUGGUCUUGGCCCAGUGCAAUACUUCAGUUCUGGAUUCUCUGGAAAGAGGCGGUUACUAUGACAGCAAAAAAGAUGGUGAGGUAGGAAAAAACAACAUGAUAUUCUACACCAUCGCGGAUGCCGUCAGCUACGUCCAAAACCGAAAUGUGCCUAAUGGAGAUUGUGAUAACAAAUCCUGAAGAUGCAAUAAUUCAUCCAAAUGCAUGUAUGUGACAUACAAACAGCUACAGUAGCUCUUUGUCACCAACACGCCUUAUAAUUCUGCUGCUGCUGCUGAAGGUUGGUGUUACAGGAGUAGAUCAGAAUUAUUUAUUUUAUCUUCAGGGGCUCAAAGUAAACUUAGAGAAGAGUUACUAGAAACCUUAGUUAUGAUGUUACAAUAUUAUAUUAUUUCUCUAUUUCGUAAGCAAAUAUACUCAAAUGAAUUCUUGAGAUCUCCCUUCAUCAAAUCGAAGAGGUCUAAAAUUUAUAUUUAUGUAUUUUUAUUUUGCAAAGUCUAUCAUGAAAAUCUAUUCAACCUUAUGAAUCUAGUAGUGAUAUUAUUUUUUCACAUGAAAUAGAUUUGUUUUAGUGUUUCAAAAGUGUUUCUAAAUUUGACAGUUGCUUACAGAGACUAAAAAUACUCAAGAGGAAGAUGAUCUGAAGUAAAUAAAAUUGCAUUAUCACUGCCUUCCUCUUUAUUAAAAAACUUGCUUUGUAUAAGAAACCUUCCCUAUUAGUUGUCAUUCUAGUCAAACCACUUUGUGCCUUCACAAAAAGAAAAGUGGCAAUACUAACAGGUAUUGUUUACUUUUGUUCAUUGUGAACAAAGUUCAGUUUGAUUUCAGAAGCCAAUCCUUAUUACAAAUUCUUUGUUGUUUUUGUAGCAAUUCCUGUUUUAUUUUCAUCACAUUCUUUCCACAUUAUUAAGCCAUAAUUUUUGUCUAAGAACUCCUGUUCUGCUCAUCACAUCAUUGCAAGGAGUAGAACAGGAGUUUCUGCUUCAAAGCAUUCCUGAUCAGAAAUACUGUGUGCUUGGCGUCAUUACCUCAAUAGACCUCAGUAAUGCACUAACUGCAUAGGAAGCCAUCUAAAAAUAAAUAUAGGAAGUUAGGUGUUAAUAAGUCUUCUAUUUUUUUUACAGGGUUUUUAUCCCCAAUGAAUAAAUAUACAUAAAUUAAAGAUAAAUGCUUUUGUGUGAAAUUAUACUACUGGUGAAAAGAAAUUUCAUUUUAAGUGUCUUGCACAAUUUUAUCUUGGAGGCUAUAAAACAUAUGUCACUGGCAUUAAGCAAUGAUUUAACAAUAUAGUCAGGUAGUCAAACAUUUGAGCAUGUUAUAACAUUACAUUUUAGGUUAGAGAUGGAGGAUUUGUUUAUGUUAGACUAGAGUAGGCUCUUGAGUAAACUUUAAUUACCUAUAGUAUACAGCUGUUUUAAUCUGCGUUUCAUUGCUGGUAUUCUGCAGCACUGAACAACUCAAAUAUUACUUUAAACCUAGACUAGUUUUCAAACGAUUACAUUUGGUGGUGUAAAUCUUACCACAGUAGCACACAACUGUUGAAUUCGAUCAUAGUUUUAAAUAUAUAUAUUAAAGCUUUGCUGAAGCCAAGAGACAAAAAAGUAGAGCGAAUAGCAAAAGUAAGUUUUUGAGGUUUUCGAACACUGCUGAACAAGGUGGUGUCUUACUGGAACAUGUGAAAUAUGCAGCUGAAGGUUAGUUGUAGUGAAGUGAAUGCUAUGUACUCUGUUUUGUUUCAUUGUUGUGGUAAGUCGUCAUGGUUUCGGUUCACAUAUUUGAACAAGGUGAAGGGUGAAUAUACAUGAAAAGGUUUACUAUAGGUCAUCAGAAUGAAAAACAGCUGUUAUGCAAUCAUAAAUAAAACGUUUAGGAAGUCGUUGUAUAAAUAGUUUUCUUUUCAUGCGCUGUAGCACAGACCUGAAAUGGAGGUAUGAAAUGGGGGAAGAAAAAUUACCUCAGGUUUAUUCUCACCAGAAAAAGUAAGGAAAAGUUAUUGCUACUUUAAAAGCACAUUAAAAUAUGUAUUAUUCAUGUUUGAAGUGCCUAAAGCUUUUGCUUACCAGACGUGCCUAAUAUUACAAAGUAAGAUUGUAUAUGUAGCACUCAUAAUCCUGUCAGUAGUGGCUGUAUGCACAUUGUUUUGGCGUGACUGUCCACAUUCCAUGGAAAUUAAUUAUGGGUGUGGGGGCUAUACAUAAAUGUGGGAUCACCAGUUUAACUUGUUUUGUUACGAUAUUCAAUUAUAGAACUGUCCCUGCUGAAAGUCCUAUCAUUGACAAGUCCAUUAGGUAAUUGAGACAUGUGAAACUGUUUAUUUUGUAUGCUAUUUUGUAAAAUCAUUAUUAUCUAACUUGAUUUCUUCAACAAAGUAUCUAUGUAAAAAUACAUAUUACUGCCUUCUCUUGUGUAUAGUAUUGUAGUUUCUAAUGUAAGUCCUUGAACCAAAAGAAGACCACAAUUAUUUUUUAUUGCUUUAAGGCUCAGGUUUAUUUAUUACUCAAUAAAGACAAGAAGUCAGAAAGUUUGAUGUAGAACCGCAGUGUUACGCUUUACAGGAACAUUUAUAUGGUUGUAAUAUUUUAAUAAAUAAA